AUGGGACUCAGUCAUUCAAAAGCUAAGAUUGAUGCAUUAAAACGAGAACAAAAAUUAAUUAUGAAAUUAAAUGCCGAUAUGGAAAAACAACUUGCUACUCAAGAAGAAGCAAAUAAACGAAAACAACAAGCAACUUUUGAACAAAUGGUUGCAACGUUAUUAGCAGUAGCACAAUCAAAAGCGAAUGAAACAGUGCUGAAUGACGAAAAAUCAGAAAUAGAAAUUGCAGGUACUACAUAUGAAGUUAUUCAUUAUGUUAGUCGAGGUGGUUUUGGUAAAAUUUAUAAAGCAACAGUUAAGAAUACAGGUCGUAUAGUUGCUAUUAAAAUUUUAGAAAAUACACCUGACAUACAAGAAGAAAUAAAAAAUGAAAUUAAUUUUUUACGUGUAACAAAGAGAAUUUGUAUCGAUAAUCAUCCAAUUAUCCAAUAUCGUGGUAGUAAAAUAACCAAUGAAGGUAUUUUUAUUGCAAUGGAAUAUGCUAUUUGUGAUCUUCGUACAUUUUGGAAAAAUAAAACAUUCUAUGAAACAACUGAAGAGAUAACAAUAUUUGGUAUGGUUAUCAUUGUUUAUGUAUUACGUGCAUUAGCAUUUCUUGAACGAUUGAAUAUUAUUCAUGGUGAUAUAAAACCACAUAAUAUUGUUCUUGUUCCAACUAAAAAAUAUUUUUGUAUCAAAUUAAUUGAUUUUGGUGCAGCCGAAAAAAUGAAUACUCUACAUGAACAAUUGACAGUUGAUGCAGACAAAAUUCAUACGGUAUUUUUUGCUUCACCAGAAUUUUUACAAUAUGAUUCAAAAAAUCGUAUAUCAAGACAUCUUCAUAAAAAAUCUGAUGUAUGGGCAGCUGGCGUUAUGUUUUAUCUUUUAUUUUGUGGUGAAUUUCCAUGGAAGGAUGAAAAAGAAUAUAGACAUUUUUGUAAUGAUCGUUAUGCACAAGAUAUUGUUGUACCAGCGGCUGGUGGUUAUAGAAUGAUUAUUGAACUUUUAUUAAGAAAAAAUCCAGAUGAACGUUCAAGUGCUAAAGAAACUCUUAAACAAUUAAAAGCACAUCCUGUAUUUGGAAAGAUUGUUGAAUCAUUACAUAAAAGUUUUUGUCCUGUAGAUGAUGUAUGUUAUAUGGAGGUAUCUGAUGAUAUUCGACAAGAGUUAGCACAACUUGCACGACCUGAUCAUUAUACUGGUAGACCUAUUUCACCAUCCAAGAGAAAAUCAGUUGAAAUACGGCCUCGAUGUCGAUAUUGUCGGAAAUGCAAUAGGACAGAUCUUGAUCAUCGCGAAAAAUUUGCUCAUCCAGGUGAUUCGGAUUAUCAUGUACUAGAAGUUUCUGCUGGUGGACUUUCUGAAAAUCCAAAAUGUCGCUAUGGCAUAUAUUGUUAUCGCAACGAUCAAGAUCAUUGCUCAAAAUAUUCGCAUCCAAUUGAUAGUGAGCAUGGCCAUACGAAAAUACAACAAGACGCUAACCACACAGAUGAUUUUAAUAUUCAUGCCUGUUAUUGUAUUCAUCAAGUUCUUCUUGAUAAUCGUGAUUAUGGAAUGAUUUCGCACAUCGAUGAUUAUGAUGAUAAUCCUACUGAUCAUUCUGACUAUUCAUUUACCUUGCAACAUUAA